AUGGAAAUUCGAAUUAUGAUCAGUAUUCUCAUUAUGUCCCUCUGCAAGUGGAUUAACGCAGUCAGGGUGGACGAGAAAAAUAAUGAGAGUGUGUUGACCACAACUGAGAGGACAGCGGUUGCCACAACAAUGCAAUCAUUCAGAUUAUCAAGGGCAUAUCGGCGUGGCCAUGACGGCGAGGAUGAUCAUCACGAUCACGAUGACCAUGCGGAUGAAGAUGACGACAUGGAGGACUCGAAAUCAAUGGCCAAAAGCGAGUACUGGGGCGGUUACUACGAUUUUUUGAUAAACGAGGGGAGCUACAAGUUCUGGGCUGUGUUUCAGCUUGCCACUGCUGCACUCCUCAUCUACAGCGGAUUUGCUGCCCUUUAUUACGCCAAGGUAAAUCCAUCUAUCACGGACGACUAUGAUGAUUAUUUUCUCCGUAGAAGAAGAAGACGACGUGACACUAACAGUCCGUUAUUUUUUGGUAUAGACAGUGCUACAUUCCAGCGAAUAAUGGACUCACUAGAGAGGAGAAAUAAUGAUUUAAUGUAAUUAACUAUUUUUCAAAUAAUUGACACUGAGUUAUGACUU